AUGGAAUCUCUCGUCUAUGAAGAUUCGCCACUGGCAGAGUACCUCCAGGGUGAGUUGCGGGUAGCUCCGAUCGCCACGGGAAUAACGAAAACUGACCAUGCUGUCGUGCAUUCAGGGGAAGGCGAACAUGACCCGAACUGGCCUGUCCAGGAACCCGAGAGCUCCGACGAUGUCUCCGACUCGACCGCAGCAGACUUUGCCCCCAGGGGAACGUCGAAGUUCCAGAGUCGGAUUCGUAACAAACUCCCUAAACCCCUGGACUUGAAGGCCUCACACCAGAGAGCGGCCCUGGGGAGGAUUUAUGACACUUGCACGUCUGCUUUGAACGCGCGUAUUGCACGGAGCGACAAUGAGAGGUUUCUGGAACAAUUCGGCUACGUUAUCGUUGCGUCCCAGUUGUUGAACGAGCACAGCGCCCCUUCCUAUACGUCAGCAUCCGAUGUGCUGUCGACUUCACAGCCCGCAGAUCUUCCCUCGCUUUCCACAACGUUUGGAUUACAAGGGGCGGUUGUAACUGCCUCGACUUCGUUCUCGAUCGCCUGGUUAUUACAUUGGAGUCGAUCUCGAACCGGAACCGGCAUCAAUCCUCGCAAAGUUGGCGUGCUUCUAAUACUCGUACCGGUGAUUGGGGUCUUUUUCUACGCCUUCGCAAAACGACAGUGGCUCAAAUACCUGCGACACCAAGCCGUGGAAGCGGCCGCGUCUUUCAUCAGCAAUGCUCAGGGCUUUGAUUCUGCCGCAUCUGCAUCGGUUGUCUUCAUUCAGGAGGUUGAGCUGGUCUCAAGGGGCUACCGAAUAAGUACGCCCAUGCCUCCUAUUAGUCGUCUCGAAGACCAGGCACAGACGCGACGGUGUCUGCGGCUGCGUCGGACCGUCUCCGAGAGUUUCUUUUCCAUGCUGGGUCGGUACAUUCAGGCGCAGCGCAUUCUGCAACCGCUUACAGACGACGCCAAUCUGGCCAAAUACUACGACAUCUACGACAUCACCGAGGAAGAGCUGAUUGAGGCCGAAUCAACGCUUAAUGAGCGUGCGACCGAUGAUCAGUAUUCUCUGCGCUUUCUCCGCACGCUGUUCGGGAGACUGUACAUUGUUAGAAAGAGCAUACUUUGCUGCCUGCUGGCUCUCGGUGCCGACGGCGGUGGAUCGGAUAUCGCAAGAUGGAGCACAGCCGUUGAACAAAUGCGCGACUUGUCCGAAAUCACCGGGCAUAAUGUCCGCAAAAUGAGCAACAUCUUGAACGAGGACGACCGCGAAGCUAUCCCACCUUCCCCCCUUCCUACGGCUUCUCCGAGCAAGGAAGGCCUCCGUGCCCAAUAUCGGAAACUCAACUCUCUAUCACAAGGAAUCCGUGCGCUUCAUGCCAAAAUGCACAUCAUCCGAGAACUCUCCAGCGCCAGUCUUGAGCGAGCGGACGUCGGCGAAUUCGAACCGACCCUUCUGUCACAAUACGAGUCGAUCGGAGCGGACAUUAAAAGCAUCCUCCAGGAAUGGGAGGCUGGAAAAUCGGCUCUUGCCAACAGUAUGGCCAGACAGUCGAGCGUGGAUCGUCUUUCGCGACCACCGAGCGGACUGUCUCCCAUGCCCAUGUCUCCGACGCCCAGCCUCGGUGGUGCGACGGCCGUGGAAGGUAGCCCGACAGACGCGCUCAAGGCCUUGAACGGCGAGCGACCGGAAUCCAGUCUCAUCCAAAACACCGAUGACGAGGAAAUCUUCGAGGCCGUGGCUCUCCCUGCUCGUGCCAACAAACGGAUAUCCAUGACGAGAGAAGAGCGUAUCGCACGUGUCAAAGAAGACCGAGCAAAACAAGCUGCAGCUAGAGACCGCGUUGACGCGAAUACCCAUAUGUUGAAGGAGCUCGAGAUGGUCAUCAAACAGCGACCUAAGACCUCGAUCGCUUCGAAACGGGUGACGAGCAUUUAA